AUGAGAACCGAAACACUUUACGCAGGCCUGCUCUCGCUGGCAGCGGUGGCUGCCAAAGCUGACCCGACAUGGCCUUCCGAAGUUGACCACAUGGAAUUCAUCGUGUACCAGCUCCAGGGCUUCAAGGGCAGUUUGUUCAACGAUGCUAUCAGGCCAUGCGACAACGAAGCGGCCGGUCCUGGCCGUAUCACCGCCAGCGAGUGGCUGCGCGUGGCCUUCCAUGAUAUGUCCACACACAACAAAUAUACUGGUGUCGGUGGUCUGGACGCGUCGAUUCAGUUCGAGCUCAACAACGGCGAGAAUACGGGGCCUGGCCACCGGACCUCGCUCGAGUUCUAUGCCAACUACCUAACCAGCCGCUCCAGCAUGGCCGACUUGAUUGCCGCUGGUGUCUAUGCGUCUGUCCGGUCGUGUGGCGGCCCUGUCGUCCCGCUCCGUGUUGGCCGCAAAGACGCUACCGCAGCAGGCCCGCUCGGUGUGCCUCAGCCGCAGAACUCGGUGGUCACCUUCCGCCAGCAGUUCGAUCGUAUGGGCUUCACCAGCAGUGAAAUGAUUCAGCUGGUCGCCUGCGGACAUACUCUUGGCUCUGUCCACAGCGCCGAGUUCCCCAACAUUGUCAAUGCCUCUGUCGGGCAGAUCGGCCUCGACUCGAGCAACCAUGUCUAUGACAAUAAGGUCGUCACGGAGUACCUAGACGGCACUACGACCAAUCCUCUGGUGGUUGGCCCGGCUGUUGGCCUCAACCGUCAUUCGGACUUCAAGGUUUUCAACUCGGAUGGUAAUGCGACCAUCAGCGCCAUGGCCGACCCGAAUGCCUAUCGCGAGAUCUGCCGCACUGUCCUUCAGAAGAUGAUCGAGGUCGUCCCUCCCGGCGUGACUCUCACCGAUCCUGUCGAGCCCUACAACGUCAAGCCCGUCGAUAUCAAGUUGAAGCUGAACAACGGUGCCAGCACCCUCCAGCUGACCGGCUAUAUCCGCCUCAGGGCUAACGGCUUCGCCAUGAGUGACGUCAGCAAUGUCGUCCUCACCUGGAAGGACCGCUGGGGUGGCAGCAACUGCGGCUCAAGCGGCUGCUCAACUACUCUCACCCUGCGUGGCGUUGCUAGCGGUCUUGAUGACAACUUCGGCUUCUUCCCUAUCGACGUGGCUAUUCCAGCGGCGUACGGCAUCUCGUCCUUCACCUUGGUUGUCAACUUCAAUGACGGCACGAGCCAGAGCUACGAUAACAACGGUCACUCGUACCCCGUCGAUGAUGCCAUCAUCCUGCAGAUUCCCCAGAGCUGCUUGCUCCAGACUUCUGGCUCUCUCACUGUCCGUGCCCUCGUUCGCAACGACAUCGCUGACGUCCCCGUCAAUCUCGACGUCGAGUACCUGACUCCGCGUACUACGGGCACGAACCCGGUUCCAAUCCUCAGCAAGGAAACCAUUCCCAUGACUGAGGGUGAUUGCGCAGGCCUGUAUACGUUUUAUGAGGCCACCUUCGCUAUUCCGGGCGGUAUGAGCUACAACGCCCGCGUCAGCGUGUCUGCCGGCGAGCAUGCCGAUACGUUCAUUAAGGGUAGCGAUUUGGGCGGCAGCUGCGCAACUUUCUCCGGGGGCCUUGCUUGCGGCAACGUCACCGAGCCUGAGCCGGCGACCAGCACCUCCUCGAUUGCUUCGUCCACCAGUGUUCCUGUUACAAGCGCGAGCAGCAGCACUAGCGACACCGCGACAGCUAGCCCGACUCCUGCUCACAAGUCGACCAUCGAAGGCUACCAGCUUGUCGGCUGCUGGACCGAGGGCAUUGGUGCUCGCGCUCUCGGUGGCGCUGCAUUCGCCUACGAUGGCAUGACUCUGGAGUCCUGCAUGGCAAACUGCACCGGCUUUGACUACUGGGGUACCGAGUAUGGCCGCGAGUGCUAUUGCGGCAACAGCUUGCAUUCCACUAGCUCAGAGGCGCCGCUUGAGGAUUGCAACAUGCCUUGCAGCGGUGACGCGACCGAGUACUGCGGUGCUGGCAAUCGCCUCGAGCUCUACUCGACGACUGCCACUCGGACAACGACCGCUACCCCGACUCCUACCGGCGCUCUUGCCCACAAGCCUGCUGUUGGCGACUACGUCUUCGUCGGUUGCCAGACAGAGGCUUCUGGCGGCCGUGCUCUCUCGGGUGCCGCCCAUGCCGACGAUUCGAUGACUCUGGAGCUGUGCGCUUCGCUCUGCAGCGGCUUCAUCUACUUCGGUACCGAGUACGGCCGUGAGUGCUACUGCGGCAACUCCCUCAACGCCGGAAGCACCGAGGCUCCGCUGUCUGAGUGCAACAUGGUCUGCGCUGGCGAUCAGUUUGAGUACUGCGGUGCCGGCAACCGUCUUGAUCUCUACGUCUUGGCCAAUGCUCCGACAGUGACCGCCAACCCUACCACGACUGCCGCUCCUUCUCACCAGCCGACGGCUUCUCCUUUCGCCUUCGUCGGCUGCUGGACCGAGGGCACGACUGGACGCACCCUGUCAGACAAGACCUUUGCCUCGGGUGACAUGACUGUUGAGUCGUGCGCCGCUUUUUGUGACGGCUACAAGUACUUCGGCGUCGAGUACUCGUCCGAGUGCUACUGCGGCAACACGAUCAACCCAACUUCCUCGGAAGCGCCCUCCCUCAAUGACUGCAACAUGCUCUGCUCCGGCAACCCGUCCCAGUACUGCGGUGGCCCGAGCCGUCUGGAUCUCUACGAGAACGAGGAUGUCAUCGCCCCAACCACCCCCUCCUCAACCUCGACGCCGUCAACCCCAACCCAGCCCUCUACCGUCAUCGCACCCACCGCCCAGGCCACCUGGUCUAGCAAGGGCUGCUACACUGAAGCGACCGGCAUGCGCGCUCUGAGCGAGCAGACCCUUGCCUCAGACAACCUCACGCUUGAGAUGUGCGCCGAGUUCUGCAAUGGUUACCAGUUCUUCGGCACGGAAUACUCUCGUGAGUGUUACUGCGGAAACGUCCUCAAUACCGGGUCGGUUGAAGUAAGCGAUGGUGACUGCAGCAUGCCGUGCGCGGGAGACACUUCGCAACUCUGCGGCGCUGGUAACAGACUGAGCGUCUAUGAGGUGCAAGCUUGA